AUGACCGGAGGAAAUAAUCCAGGUGGAAUCAUGGACUGGCAUGAACUUGAACCCAACUAUCCAGUCAAAAUUUUCAUGACGAUCCUCUACAGCGUCAUGCUGGUGACGGGUAUUGUGGGUAAUUCAGUCACCAUCAGAGUGACGCAGGUGCUGAGGCACAAGGGCUACCUUCAGAAGAAUGUGACGGACCACAUGGUCAGCCUGGCAAGCUCCGACCUGUUGGUGCUCCUCAUCGGCAUGCCUGUGGAGCUCUACAGCGCCAUCUGGUUCCCCUUCACCGCCGCAUCUGGUGACGCUUCCUGCAAGAUUUACAAGUUCCUGUUCGAGCUUUGCAGCUACGCCACCAUCCUCAAUGUGGCCACGCUCAGCUUUGAGCGCUACGUCGCCAUCUGCCACCCUUUCCACUAUAAAACCCUGAGCGAAAGACGAACCUCCGCCCUCAUCGCCUUCGCCUGGGCGGUGUCCGUUCUGGUGGCCCUGCCUCUGCUGUUUUCCACUGGAACACAGGGAUACAUACCAACCCGGGAAAACCGCCCGGUUCAGAAUCUGACCUUCUGCACCAAUCUAAGGGAGCACUGGGUGAUGUACAGGGUCAGCAUCUUCGUGGCGUUCAUCGUCUACAUGAUCGUGUUGGUCUGCGUGGCCUUCAUGUGCCGGGCGAUGAUCCUGGUUCUGCGGAAACCCUUGGGAUCCCUGGAUAAAGGCGUCAACGGGGUCAAAAAACCCGCCAAGCACGAAAGUGCAGUGGUCAAGACGGCAAGAAAACAGACAAUCAUUUUUUUGGGUCUCAUCGUUGGAUCUUUGAUGGUGUGCUGGCUCCCCAACCAGAUCUUUCGUUUCAUGAUGGCAGCCGUUUCCAAGUCCGACUGGACCCCUUCCUACCUGCAUAGAAUCGCUACGCUCCACCUCGUGGCCGACACCUUCUUCUACCUCAGCUCCGUUCUCAACCCCUUCCUUUACAACCUGUCCUCCAAGCAGUUCAGGGAGGUGUUCGUUCAGGUGCUGCGGUGCCGUCUCACCAUCCAACAUGUCAACAAGCGCACCCUGCAGCCACCCAGUGCUUCGUCUGGACGCUCCCUGCAGCCGCUGCUGCUCAGGUCGCUGCGUCGCAACAAGACGACUCCCCCCAACGCAAUGAUUCAGAACGACUCGGUAGGGUUUCCAAACAGUCAGACUGAAGAGGCAGGCGUGACUCUCAAAACAACAAUAGAUGUACCAUCAGAGUCAGAAAUAUAAUUUAAUGCACCAAAAAAACAGGACUGACAGUUUUAUUCAUGUUGAACUUUCGU